AUGACUGGGAGAACUGCACAGGUUACACGUAUCACUAACGAGACUAAGAUCCAAGUGUCGCUAUCACUGGAUGGUGGACACAUCGAAAGAAUCACACCGUCGUUACUAUCGGAUAAAGAACUAGCAAAGGACGCAGAUGCAGCUACACAGAACACGUCGUUCCAAAUCAUCGAUGUUCACACAGGUGUAGGGUUUCUUGACCACAUGAUUCACGCUUUGGCAAAACAUGCAGGCUGGUCCUUGAUCCUGGAAUGUAUUGGAGAUUUGCACAUCGAUGACCACCACACCACUGAGGAUUGUGGGCUUGCCUUGGGGGAAGCCUUUAAAGAGUCGUUGGGUGCUGUGCGUGGUAUCCGUAGAUUCGGAAACGGGUUUGCACCAUUGGAUGAAGCUUUGUCUAGAGCCGUGAUAGACAUCUCUAACAGACCUUACGCCGUGAUCGAGUUAGGAUUGAAAAGAGAAAAGAUAGGCGACCUUUCAUGUGAAAUGAUUCCACAUUUCUUGGAAAGUUUUGCAGAUGCCGCUAGAGUGACUAUGCAUGUCGAUUGUUUACGAGGAUUCAACGACCAUCACAGAAGCGAAAGUGCUUUCAAGGCUUUGGCCGUCGCUAUCAAGGAAGCAAUCUCAUCCAACGGUACUAACGACGUCCCAUCAACCAAAGGUGUAUUGAUGUAG